UGUCAAACUUUUGUCAGUUGUCAAUUGAUUUUGUAGUUAUGUCAAAAAGUAAAGAUCAUUUUUUUCUUUCCUAAAUAAAAAAGAUAUUCAAGAUUUUUUGAAGAACAUUUUGGUCAAGUCUUGAAAAAUGUCCGAGGAGGCCUCAAAAAAAAUUGAUGACCUUCUGCACCGUAUAAAAAAUGAAAGGAGCCCCCCAAAUCUUCCAAUGAGUGGUUCUGGCAAUGUUGGCUUACCUCCAAAUCGCCCUAGAUUAUCACUUGGUCUAAAUAGUAACAGCAGAAGCCCUAUUAUGUCUAGACCAAGGAACCUGACUUUCACUACAAAACAAAAUGAUGAUCAGGACACUGAUAGGAAACUGAGAGAAAUUAUGCAGAUAAGUGGGGAUCUCACGAUGGAUGGGAUUCUCUUUAAAACAGAUAUAAAAGAAAUGGAACACAUAGAAGAACUUGGAAAUGGAACUUGUGGUCAUGUUGUAAAAAUGAGACAUAAACCUAGUAAUAAAAUCAUUGCUGUUAAGCAAAUGAGAAGAUCAGGUAAUAGUGAGGAAAAUAAAAGGAUAAUAAUGGAUAUAGAAGUAGUUCUGAAAUCACACGACUGUAAAUAUAUAGUACAAUGUCUAGGCUGUUUCAUUACUGAAUCUGAAGUUUGGAUAUGCAUGGAACUUAUGGAUACGUGUUUUGACAAAUUAUUGAAGAGAUUCAAGCAACCUGUUCCAGAAGAAGUUUUGGGAAAAGUUACUGUAGCUACUGUUGAAGCCCUUUCCUACUUGAAAGAUACCCAUGGGGUCAUACAUAGGGAUGUUAAACCUUCAAACAUUCUAUUAGACACUAAAGGUAACGUAAAACUCUGUGAUUUUGGUAUAAGUGGGAGAUUGGUGGAUUCCAUGGCAAAAACCAGAAGUGCUGGUUGUGCUGCAUAUAUGGCUCCAGAACGUAUUGAACCUGAUCCGCAGAAUCCAGACUACGAUGUUAGAGCUGAUGUUUGGUCUCUAGGAAUAACUCUAGUGGAAAUGGCUACUGGUGUAUUUCCCUAUCAGGAUUGCAAGACUGACUUUGAAGUACUCACAAAAGUGAUAGGACAGGAUCCUCCAAGUUUACCUCAAGACAAAGAAUUUACUACAGAAUUUAGGGAAUUUGUUUCUUGUUGUUUGAAAAAAGAUAAAAAACACCGGCCAAAGUACAAACAACUCAAAAACCAGCCAUUUAUAAAAAAAUAUGAGGUAACCGAUGAUGUCAACGUUGGAGAGUGGUAUGUAAAACUUCUUCAAUCUUCCGAAGACGAUACGAACAUGGCGGCCCCUAGACCCAACUCAGCGACCAACACUAUACGCCAAUUUUUCACUUCGCACCAGUGGCAGACACCGGCAACACAACCUUCUGCAAAACAGCUCUUUAUGAGGAACGGAACCACUGUGCCUAAAAAACAAACGGACACCAAAGACUCUGACAACAAAGUGUCGCAUAUUUCUCGAUUGUGUAACUUUCAGAGGGAGAGCCAACAUCUCGCUUCUCGUAGGCAGGACUUCUGUAGCGACAGUAGCAGCAACUCAAAAAUUUUCUCGCCUUACCAAACACAUCAGAAUCACGUUACCUCUUUGAAGGAGCAGCUUGAAGAUAAAUGCAAACAGGAUAAGGCAUGCUGUUCCCCAUUACCAACACGUAGGCCUUUAGACAGCUCAGCUGACGCUGCUUACCAACAUAGAAGAGUGGCCAGUGAGACACGAUGGAGAUCACCUAGUAGUUCACCUUUACCUUUGAGAAGUCAGUUCAAGACAGAUGAUCAGCAGUACAAUUGUGGCAAUACCAGCCCCAUAAUUCUCCAAAGAUUUUAUCACCAACAGAAGCAGCAGCAGCUGGUCAAAGAAGCCGAAGAAUCUGGUAAAAAACGGUUUGCUUCCUAUAUAAAGCUGCAGCUUGGCGGCGAUCGGAGCGGGAAGUCUUCCAGACAUCAAAGCCCGGAACCACCUCCUCGUCUCAACAGGCAACCAAGCGGAGACAACCAGAGUCCAUUGGCGAUGCGUAGAACCUUCCUGGAAAACCAUUCGGCAAACUCUCCUAGCUUGUCUCGAAGGUAUAUCUCGCCUUCGCCUCCCGUUCCUCCUCCCAGGAGGUUAUCGGAGAGCACUUCAGUACCUGGGUCUCCUCAGCACUUGAGAGCUAGAUUUCGCUAUACUCCAGAACCCCAGAGAAGAUUAUUUCAAAACCAUGAUAUAUCAUAGCAGUGGGCUUCUCGCCCAGUGGCUAUUUAGUAAAAAUUAUCGGUUUCCACCAUACAACAGUCGAAAACGGUAACUAGGUAAAUUCUGGAGUAGGAUUUUACACACCAUGUGUCGUGAGGCUACGUACCACGUAGCAUUUUUUGAUACAAGGUAAUUUGAUCUUUAGCUUUUUAUUGUAUCUCGCUGUUAUUGAAAAGUAUUGAUGAUCCUCUUAUUCGAUCAGGCAGUUGUUGACGAUAAGAGACUUUUGAGUAGAUAAAACUUUACACAAAUAUUGUGCCUAUAAUGGAAAUGAAUCUAUGAAGAAUGUGGAAUAUAUCUCGACUCCCUUUGUUAUAUUGUUGUUGCCUUCAUAAAUCCAUAUUUGGACUUCUUUGGAAACAGGUAAUGAGGUAACUUUAUGUAAAUGUUUUGAGAUGUUGAUAUUAUAGAAAUGAGGUGUUUGUUUCUGCAAACAGAAUUUGCAUGAGAUUCAAAUCUCACCCUGUCUCACCACUAUGCAUUUUUUCAAUAUUCUCAGAUAACUCCACUAGAAGUAGUUUUCUAUUGCUCCAAAAGUUUCUAAAGGAAAAUAGCCUUUUGUGUUCAUUGACGAAAUAAUUUAUAUGGCAGUAUUUCAUUUUGGCUUUCUCGAACAACGAAUGUUCAAUUCGACAGUUUCCUUUUCCUUUAUACAUUUCUCUGUUUUUCAAUGAUGAUUCUUACACAUGCUAUUUGAUCUCUUGCCUCGAGAUGAAGUUGCUCGUUACAUUUUCUUCAACUGCCAAGUGUUUGUCACAGAAAGGUGGCAGAAAUAACGUUAGUAUUUUUCCUGUUAUUUACUUGUUUUUUUUGUGUACUUCCUCACGAAGGAUUUAGUCAUCUUACAUUGCUAGUCUUUAUAGUCCGUCAGGAUUUUCAGUUGCUGGUGUAUUAUUUAUUUUGACGAGUUAGACAUGUUGCUCGAUAUGAUAUUUCCAAGUGAAUGUGUUCGUAUCUGGCAACAUGUGUUAUUUUAGAAUAGUUUUAAGAAGAUUUUUAUUGGACUGAUAUUUAUUACGAGAAAAAAUAACUCAGUAGGUUUGUUCCUUGCAAAAUCGUUUAUUUUUUCUGUCAUUUCGUCUACGAAGAAGCUGUGGUAGAAAUUCUGACUUGAGAGUUGCUAUUUUGGAAUUCAUUUAGUUCUAAAACUUCAAAAUGGUACUGUUGUUAUUUGUGAAGAUACUUUUUUAUAGGAAUCUUGAAAAAUGUAAAUAGUCAGAUCUUUAAUAACCUUCAAAUCAAAGGGAAAAUUCAGUACUGCUUGUAAUGCUUGUAACUAGGAAUGAAAAUAAAUUUACAGAAUUUUGAUAAAAACUGUAGAUUUCUAUACCUCGCUGAAGGAUUCUAUGUUGACUAUAAUAUCAAUGGUCAGUGUUUCUAUCCCUUCAUGGUUUUUAAUGCAAGUUUUAAAAAUUAUCUUGAAUGUUAUUUUUUCCGCUAUGUUUAUAUUAGUUGAAUGAAUAAUAUAAUAAUAUUAAAUUUGACAAAGUUGCUAAUUAUUACUAAUUUAUUUUUACGAAGGCUGUUGAAUCUUAGUUUUUCUCAAAAAAUAGUGUAUUUGAAAUGAGUGUGUUUAUAUUUUGAAAUAUUUCUAAUUGUUUUUAAUUGUAUAUAAAAUUUAUAGAUGCAAUGCCAUACCUGAGAUAUUAUGUAUAGUUUGAUUUUACUAUUGUAAAUAUACCUGAUUGAAAUAUAUUUUGAGGCGAAUGAUA